AAGAGUAGUAAACAAAACAGCAAAGAAAACACAAGCAAAAACGCGGGUUAUGGAAAAAUACUUAAUAAAAAUGCCUGUAAAAUCAAAAGCAAACGAAGUGGUCAAGCAAGAAAAAGCGGUCGUAAAAAAGGAGACUCCCAAAAUGUCGACCAAACAAACAAAAAAUAAUACUCCGAAAGAGGUAAAGGACAAAGAAAAUGCUGGCGAGGACAACACCCCAAAGCAAAGGAAAGCAGGAAGACCUGGAAGGCCUGCUACCAAGCGAAAGAAUCUAGAUACCCCCGAACAGAAGGACGAGAAGAUCUCGGCUGAGGCGGAGAAUCCCCCGAAACGCAGGAGUUCCAGGGUGACGAGAAGCACGCGUUCCAUGGCUGAGGAUGGGUCUCCAUCCCCGGAAAAGAAGAAGCCCGAGAAACUGCCUUUCAUCAAGUACACUGGAGCCAUCAAGUAUUACACUGAAAGCCAAGAUAUAGCCGCAUCUGCCGACGAACUAUUGCAAUGGGUGGAGAAGCAGAAGGAAGAGGUAGUGCCCAUGGCCUUUGACAUGGAGUGGCCCUUCUCCUUCCAAACCGGUCCCGGCAAGUCCGCCGUCAUCCAGAUCUGCGUGGAUGAGAAGUGCUGCUACAUAUACCAGCUGACGAAUCUAAAGAAACUGCCUGCGGUCCUGGUGGCCCUCAUCAAUCAUCCCAAAGUGCGCUUGCAUGGCGUGAAUAUAAAGAGUGAUUUCCGCAAGCUGGCCCGUGACUUUCCCGAGGUUUCCGCUGAACCCCUGAUCGAGAAAUGCGUGGAUCUGGGCGUGUGGUGCAAUGAGGUCUGUGGGACCGGCGGUCGGUGGAGCCUGGAGCGUUUGACCAACUUCAUAGCCAAGAAAAGCCAGGACAAAAGCAAGAAGGUGCGCAUGAGCAAGUGGCACGUCAUUCCGCUGGACGAGAAUCAACUUAUGUACGCUGCCAUCGAUGUCUAUAUUGGUCAAGUUAUCUAUCGGGAAUUGGAGCGCCGCGAGAAGGCCAAGCUCAAAAACGAAGACGAAUUUAAGGAGAAGAAUGGAGAUGCUGCCUUUAAAGCUGUUAAAGCAUUGGGCGAAACAUUUCUAACGAAGAUCAACGAGGUAACUCUGUGAUCUUUUUAAGGGGUUCAAGAAAUGGCAUUUAAUUUUUAGCUUACUUUUUCAAAUAUUUCAAUUUUAUAGCUGAAAAGUCUUAUUGAUUAUUAGGGGUUUCCCAGUUCAAUUUUGUUCUAUUUGUACAUUCUCAUUCUUAUAAACCGCGUUAGAUAUUGAAAACAAAUUUAAACUUUAUUUUUUGACUCAAAUGACAUUGAAGGAAUAGUUUUUAUAAAAAAAUCAAAACCAAUUUAACUAUUAUACAUUUUACAACUUGUUGGAAUAUAUGUUGCUCUAAGUUAUUCUUCAGUCCCCCAAAAUUAGGUAAUGAUUAUAGUUUUCUACAUUUCUCAACUUGCAAUAAAUUUUAAUUUUGUAAAUUCGCAUUAAACAUAUCUAAACACAUAA